AUGCAGAAUUGCAUCGUAUGUCCUGAAAACCCAAUCAAACAGUACGGAGAUGGAAACCAUAAGCACAAGCAUGGACGAGAUCACACAGCAGAAGAUCGUCAAGUUCGUCAACUAAUCAUUCCACCACAGCCCCAUUUUGUGCCUGGAUAUACAGGAUGCACACCUGGUGCUGGACCCCAAAGGCUUUUCAUAGUAGCGGAUUCUUAUGGGAAAUAUACCCAUGAACUGCUUCAUGGCCAUCGCAUUGCUGGAUCUCGUUUGAGUCCUUUGAAUUCAGAUCUGAGAUUCGUUAAUUUGUUUGUGUCUCCUCCAAGGCAUAAUCCCAAGCAACAAUUGGACAAUCCACACAAGUCGCUUGAUCCUUAUUUUAUUCCUGGUUAUACAGGAUUUACUCCUAAUUCAGGAAUCAGGAGGACGGACGGUGUUGGCGAAAACUAUGGCGUAAUGACUCAUGUUCGUCUAGCGAAACAUCCCACAGCUGGGCAACGGUUGCGUCCAAUUCUUACAGAGCCACCGGAAUAUGUUGCAGAUAGAGAGGAAGUCAAGUUCUAUUGCAAUCUACACGAAAUAACCGCGAGAGAUCUACUGCGCCGACAUGGACAGAUCCCUGGUUAUGCAGGACAUAUGCCCAGAACACGAUUUCAUAAUGGCAAGUCAUCAUCAGAAAUAGGCAAUAUCGGAAUUGCUGAAUUUGAAAAGAUAAUAGAAGUCAAAAAAUAG